AAACGAUCUGAUGCCAGUUUAAACUAUCUGCUGAUCUUUUUGUCCGUGCAGUGCCCGGAGCAGGUGGUCGGGGGUAUCUACGGCGUGUUGAACAGGAAACGAGGUCACGUGUUUGAGGAAUCCCAAGUCAUAGGCACUCCCAUGUUUAUUGUGAAAGCCUUCCUGCCUGUCAACGAGUCCUUUGGAUUCACAGCUGACCUGCGCAGCAACACUGGAGGCCAGGCCUUCCCUCAGUGUGUGUUUGACCACUGGCAGAUUCUCCCAGGAGACCCCAGCGACCCGGCCACCAGACCCUUCCAGGUUGUUGCCGAAAUUAGGAAACGCAAAGGUCUGAAAGAGAACAUACCUUCCGUCGACAACUACCUGGACAAACUUUAAAACUAAGCCAAGAUAAUACAAUACCAAAUCAAUCUCUUAACCCUACCCCAUGGGCACUUUAAAAUCUUUGCACAGGCUUAAAAGAUAAAUUGCACAAUUGUAUUGACUUUGGACCGGAAGCUUUAAGCUUUUGUUGUAGGCAAGUGGAAGCAGCGAUGCUUUUUCAUUUCACAGCUACAGUACACCAAGUGCCUAGGGCGUGGGUUUUGUGGAACAAUUGGAUCAAAGCAGUUGUAUUACUUGUUCUUUUAUUUCUCCACAUGGGUCCUCUCCCGCCCCCCCCCCUGUAUAGUGCACCGUGAUACUGCUGCAAUAAUGCAUAUUUAAAAGGAUCAUGGCCAGAUAAAACCAUGGAAACCAUAAUAAUAUGUUACAGAAGUCUAACUUCCUGGAUUGGACCUCUGUGUGGAUGUGAUUAAUAAAAACAUCCAACUCA